UUUCGCAAAGUCCACAAUCUCAGUCAUUCGAAAGCUUCGUUGUUUACAUUCUGGGGCGAAGGGAGGAUGACCGACACAUCAUGAGCUGGAAUCCGUUUAACCGACACUCGGUUCCAAAGAAGAGUGUGGUUUCACGAACAACAGAGAGAGAGUUUGGAAGAGAAGUGAAAAGAGUUGAGAGUUUAGAUGAAACUAGUAAAAAAUUGUACAAAGAUACCAAGAGAUGGACAGAUUCAAAGCUAGCCCUCUCAAACAGUGAACACAAAGUAACUCAGGACCUAUUAUCCAGCCCUCUAUGUCAGACAGAGCCUCAGCUCAAUGCCAUGGUAACUGAGUGGGACAAUGUCAUCGAAAAACAGAAUACACACUCCAGGGAACUGAAUAAUGUGGUACAGAAGACCUUGGUGGAACCAGUUAAAAGACUCAAUACCGUAUUUCCAAGUAUACAAGCAGCACUGAAAAAACGAGAACAGAGUUUGCAGGAGUACCAAAAAUCCCAGUCCAAAGUAGAAAAGCACCAGAACAGAGAAAGGACCGGACAAAAUGUGGUGAAGUUGGACCUGAGCAGGAAAGCUGUGGAAAGAACAAAAGCAGACUUUGAUAGUCAGAAUCAAGCCCUGUCAGAAGACCUCCCCAAAUUUGUAGAUGGACGAAUUGAAUAUAUUCAGCCAUGUCUAGAAUCUCUCAUCAAAUCCCAGGUUUCAUACAAUUCUGAGGCCCUAAAGAUUUACUCUGAUCUAGAAAACCAGUGGGAAGCCUUAAAGGAUUUAUCAGAAAUGAAAUUGCACCAACAACAAACUUUAUCAGAAAUCAAAGCUCUUGCCAUUACUGUGGAUUGAGCAUAAGAUGCAAUAAGACUAAUGUGUUCUAAUUCAAAGGUCAUUGUCAUGGUAAUGACCUAUACAACUCAUUCCCAGUAGAUGCCGUAAAUUUUGAACACACGAUUUUUAUUAUUUUUUUUACUGGAAAACAUAGUAUGCAGAAGACAGAGAUUUCUUCUUGUAUCUGCGAUAUGCUAACAUAUAUAGAGCAUUUACAUGUA